AUGGCUGACCUCCACGACUCCCUCUCGUGUCUACAGCCGACUACAUGGGACGUGGUCCCGAAAUCGCCGGACGAGCUCCGAGAAUAUGUCCGUGACAUCUUCAAGAAAAGCCGUCUGAUCGCCGAAUCGCUUCCGGAUCCUCCGCCUUAUGAGAAUCACGAUCCUCACAACGGCAGUCAGCCAGAGACCCCGCAUGUGGUCCCUUCCUCCGCACGGGUAGCCGAAACAGAUCCAGAGAUCACCACACUCCAAAAGCAAUGGGGCAAGCCUAUCAAGAUGGGUGGACCAAAGGACAAUCCACUUGGGGUGCAUGUGUACAAGCUGGCCGGCGGUGACGGUGGUGGACAUUGGUUCGGAAGGCGCAGUGUGCACGAGGGACUCCCAUUUUCACGGUGGCGAAACAAGCUCUCAACGGAGUUUGACGAGACCCUCAAGGUGAACAAAGAAAAGAUAUCCAAGGGCGAGACGCCGGACAAGUGUAUUCGGGGCAUCGGCGCUGAGGAGAAAGUCGAGACCAUCGAGGUCACCGAGGAGGAUGGCUCUAUACUGGGAACAGUCACAGUCUAUCAUGUGUCUGCACAGUUUCCAAAACCCACAGCACCGCGCGACUUUGUUGCGCUGGUCAUCACGUCGGAUACUGGAUUGCAGGCUGGCGGGACGAAGCAGCCUGGUCGAAGCUGGAUAAUGGUCUCUAAGCCGUGUGAGCAUCCGGAUGUACCGCAUAAAGAUGGCUAUAUCCGGGGCGAAUACGAGUCCGUUGAACUAAUCCGCGAGAUUCCCGUGGACAAGACGAGCAGUGGAAGCAACACUCCAAAAAGCACAGGGGGCACUACUCCUAAUUCCAAAGACCUCAGUCUCGAAAAUGAUGACGCUGAAUUGAAUCCAGUCGAGUGGAUAAUGGUGACCCGGAGUGACCCAGGAGGCAAUAUUCCGCGCUGGAUGGUGGAUAAGGGCACGCCGAAGAGCGUGGAAGCAGAUGCAGCCAAGUUUAUCAAUUGGGCUGUCCAAGAAGACACACCACUUAAGAAGACUCGCUCAGAGGCCAGUUCUUUGAAAUUUUCAAAUCGAGCUUCCAAAGCAGGGGAAAUGGGCGAACAGGAAUCGAGUGAGGAAGAUUCGGACACCGAAUCAACGGACACAGACAUCCAGGAUGUACACCACGGCCUCAUUGCCAGCAUCGGAAGCCUUAUCAACAACGGUCUGGAGCGAUUUGCACCUCAAGCAGUGUUGGAUUACAUGCCACAUCACCAGGAAUCACCGUCCCAUCCCCCUGAAGGGAUUCAGAUUCCUCAGAGUACUUCCAAGCGACAUUCCACCAGAGAUCCAGUAAACGACAGUGAGUCCCAGGUCGAGCCAGACCACGCCUCUCAAUCCUCUGGAAUGGCCGCUCCCACAGCCGAAGAUUUAGUGCAGCAAACUCCUACACAAAUCAUACAGGCGGGCAAGGCCAGCAAACCAACGCACAACGAAAAGGAAUUAGCGAAGUUGGCACUUCGUAAACGUGAGAUCCAGGCAAAACUCGACACCGUGCGCUCCGAGCUCGAGAAGAUGAACAUCCCGCCCCAGCACGGCCUCUCACCGACACGACCGAGCAAAGUCAUCACCAACGGUGUAGAUAGCGACAGUAGCGCGGUAAAUAAUCGAGCCGCUGAGAAGCGCUCCUCAACGCCAGCUAGCUCUAGCAUACACCAAGGUCAGCGCGAAGCUAGCAACAGCGACGGCCAGUCAUCCACGCAGACGCCGAAACAGGACCAGACGCCAGAAAUCCCGGCGCAUAUGCACAAGGCAGCAGGAUAUCUUCUCAGUGAGGAAGCCAAACUGCUGAAGCAAAUCGGCAAGAUUGAAGGCAAUCAGCUCAAACUCGCAACGAAGAUCGAAACGCGCCAGCGAAAGGAAGCUGAACGUUCCGAAAAGAACAAGUCUCGGUCAGAGACUGAGACCCUGCGGCGCGAGGUGGAGGACCUGCGCAAAGAGGUCGCAAAGCUGCGCGAUGAGCGCAAAAAAUGGGUGGAUUUGGUUGCUUCGUUGCAGGCUGAGAAUACGAAGUUGACUGCUGCGGAGGAAAGCAAGAGAACGAGCGCUUCAUAG